AUGGGCGUCUUUCGGAAUCGCUACGGCCGCUCCGACUAUCGCUCCUCCAUCGGCGGCUCGCGUACCGGCCCCACCAAGCUCAAAACCUUUGCCGACCCCGCCCUCUCAGACGGCCUGCCCCACCGCAGCACAUGGAAGGAUCACCGUCAACAAGACGAGCUCGAAGACACACUGCUCGGCUUUGCGCCCCUGCCCCCGGGCUCCCGUCCGCGCGUCGGAUGGCUCGUCAACAUGGUCACGGGCACCCUCGAGGAGCCCCUAACACGCAGGCCUGUCCAGGCCGUCGACCUGUUUUUCAUCGCCGACGACGGCCAUGACUUCAGAGCUUCCAUUAUUGCACGCCCAUAUAUGUAUGUCGCCGUCACUAAGGACCUGCUCAGGGAGGCGGAAAUUACCAUUAGAAAGCAGUUUCAGGAUCAAGUCGCUGAGGUUUCUGUUGUCACCCUCGAGGACAUCUCUAUGCCUAACCACCUCGCUGCCGAUGAGGGAAGAUCAUUUUUGAAGGUCGAGACCCGCACCACGGGCGAUUUGUACAGCCUCCGCCAGGGGCUUGCCCCUAUCGUCGACCGCAAUCUCGAGCGCAAGCGCCGCACUGCCGCCAUUCACCGCGCCACCGGGGGAGACGCAACCACCCCCAUGGGUGCUCUCGACGCCAUCGAGGAUAUCCGCGAGUACGACGUCGCACCCGUCAACAGGCUCGCCAUUGACCAGAAGAUCAACGUCGGCUACUGGUACAAAGUCUCGCCCGGGGGCGACCAGAGCUCCAACGCCCGAUUGGAGAAGUUGCCCGAUAUUGUCGAACGGGCAGCCCCGGUCGUCCUCGCCUAUGACAUCGAGUGUACCAAGAAGCCGCUCAAGUUUCCAGAUGCAGAGUCUGGCGAUGAGGUCAUGAUGAUCUCGUGGAUGGUCGACGGCAAAGGGUUUUUGGGCAUCAACCGUGAGGUUGUGUCCAAGGAUAUCGACAACUUUGAGUACAAACCGCAUGCCGAGUAUCAUGGCGAGUUCGAGGUCUUCAAUGAGGCCAACGAAAAGGCUUUGCUCGAGCGCUUUUUCGCAGAGACCCGCAUUGCGGCCCCGCGCGUGUUUGUCACUUUCAAUGGCGACUAUUUUGACUGGCCGUUCGUUGAGAAGAGAGCGGCACUGCUUGGUCUGGACAUGGGCAAGGAAAUUGGAAUGCGCACCAACGGUGAUGAUAUGAUGUCCAAGGUGACAAAGGGGAGGGCAGCGAUUCACAUGGAUGUCUUUCACUGGGUGAAUCGCGACUCCUAUCUCCCCCAGGGCUCCCGCGGUCUCAAGGCUGUGACGAGAGCCUUGCUCGGCUUUGAGCCAGAGGAGAUCCCGCCAGAAGAGAUGAUGACAGCUGCUAUAGAAAGGCCGGAUGAAAUGGCAAAAUAUUCCGUUUCUGACGCUGUUUGUACCUACUACUUGUACAUGAAAUACGUACACCCCUUCAUCUUCUCCCUCUGCAAUAUUAUUCCGCUCAACCCCGAUGAUGUGCUCCGAAAGGGGUCUGGAACUCUGUGCGAGAUGCUUCUUAUGUGCCAGGCUCGUGAGAAGCGCAUUGUUGCGCCGAACAAAUACAACGGCAGCGCAAUCGGCAAGUUAACGGACGAUGGGCACGUGCUCGAGUCAGAGACAUACAUUGGCGGUCACGUUGAAGCCAUCCGAACGGGUGUGUAUCGAAGUGACUUGCCUCUCCAAUUCAACAUUGAUGUCACCGCCCUCGAAGAUCUUGAAAAAACUCUUGACGAAACGUUGCGGUUCGCCAUUGAGGUCGAGGGCAAGAUGAGUGUGGACGACGUCACCAACUAUGCAGAAGUUCGUGCGGAGAUUGUCAAACAGCUUCAUAGACUUCGUGAAAACCCCCGGCUGAAUGAGAAACCCCUUAUCUAUCAUCUUGAUGUUUCGGCAAUGUAUCCAAACAUUAUCCUCACUAACCGCUUGCAGCCCCAUGCGAUGGUCACUCCAGCGCAAUGUGCCGCCUGCGAUUUCAACGGAAUGUCGGAAUGCCAGCGCGACAUGGAGUGGACGUGGCGGGGUGAGUUCUAUCCUGCGUCUCGAGGAGAAGCGGAGAUGAUUCAGCGGAGACCAGAGUCAAAUCGGAGAGGUAGGAAGAAUGCCCCCGACAGCGCCGGACUCGCAAGUUUCGAAGAUGAAGAGUCGCGCAAGAACGUUCAUUUUCGAAAGCGACUCAAGGAAUACUGCCGCACCAACUAUCGAAAAACGCAAGAGACUAGAGUUGUUGACAAAACCGCAACUGUUUGCCAAAGAGAAAAUCCGUUUUAUGUCGACACUGUUCGUGCAUUUCGGAACCGAAGAUAUGAAUACAAAGCUCUUCUGAAGAAGCAGAAGAAGCUCCGCAGCAAAGCGAAGGAAGGUGGCGAUCCGGAGGAAAUCAAAAGGACGGAUAAUUUGGUUGUGUUGUACGACUCUCUUCAGCUGGCGCACAAAUGCAUCCUGAACUCGUUUUAUGGCUACGUGAUGAGGCGAGGAGCCCGUUGGUAUUCUAUGGAAAUGGCCGGGAUUGUGACAAACACCGGCGGGUUAAUCAUUCGACGAGCUCGAGAAUUCAUCGAGAAGGUUGGGCUGCCCCUUGAAUUAGAUACAGAUGGUAUUUGGUGUGUUUUACCAGUAUCUUUUCCAGAAAACUUCACCUUCCAAACCAAGUCUGGGAAGGAUUAUUCCAUCAGCUACAUUUGUUCUGUCUUUAACUCGGAUGUCGCAGCAAACUUUACAAACCACCAAUAUCAAGACCUUGUCAACAAGGACACGUUUGAGUAUGAACAGCGAAGCGAAUGUUCGAUUCUCUUUGAAGUUGAUGGUCCGUACAAGGCCAUGGUGCUCCCGGCCUCUCUCGAAGAAGGGAAGACUAUCAAGAAGAGAUAUGCAGUUUUCAAUGAUGACGGGUCCCUUGCGGAGCUGAAAGGGUUCGAAAUCAAGAGAAGAGGAGAGCUGAAACUCAUCAAAGAGUUCCAGGGCGAAAUAUUCAGCAGGUUCCUUGAGGGCCGCACACUAUCAGAAUGUUACGAAAAAGUAGGGGAAACCUGCAAUAAGUGGUUUGACGUUUUGGCGACGAAGGGAGAAGGAAUGACUGAUGCUGGAAUUCUUGAGCUCCUUGUCGAGCAAAACAACAUGAGUAAGCCUUUGAGCGACUAUAUCAUAGCAGGGCAGAAAAGUUGUGCCAUUACUUGCGCAACCCGACUGAAGGAAUUUUUGGGCUCUGCUAUUGUCAAGGACAAAGGGCUAGCUGCCACUUACGUGAUUGCUCGAAAGCCGGAAGAGACGCAGGUAACGGGCAGAGCGAUCCCUGUGAAAAUCUUUGACUUCCCAAAUGAAGUUGUGAAGCGAAAACUUCUUAGGAAGUGGACCAAGAAUGGAGAUGAUGAAAACUUGAAACUUCGCAACCUCCUAGACUGGGAGUAUUACAAAGGCCGUCUCGCAAAUGCGAUUCUCAAGAUUGUUACUAUUCCAGCUGCUCUUCAGGCCGUCGACAACCCAGUCCCACGGGUGGAAUACCCCGCUUGGCUCGUGAAGAAGUGCCGUGAGCUCAGAGACAAGAGGAAGCAGCAGUCUGUUAUGUCGUUCUUCAAAUCUAUGCCCAAGGGCGAGAAGGCCAUACCAGGAGUCCGAAAUUCGCUAUUGGACAACAUCACUCACACUGAGAAGCUUAGCAUGGAUGACAUCGAAGACAUGCCACUCAGCUCUUGGACAGCUGCGAAAAUUGCGAAUCGGAAAGCGCGAGCCGUUGUAGAGACAAGAGACCAUCUGCUACAACUCUUUCAUCAACCUCAUCCGAACAAACACGAUGAUUAUGCUGGCUGGCUGCGAUAUGCGAAGAACAUUUGGCGGGCGCAGCGUGCCGCUCGCGUGUACCGCAGCGGGUUGAAGAGGCAACACAACACGUGUCGCGGCUCUUCGAUGGGCUUCUUACAAAAGUCAGUUUCGCUGCUAGGCAGGGGAGUUGUUUGGCAAAAUGUGUCAAUUUCCCCAGUUCACGGCAAGCCUGGUGAAUACCAGCUUUGGGUUUUGCCAGUUAAGAAGGACGGUAACAAGUAUGCGACUGGAGAUCUACACAGCAUCCCUCUACAUGUGAAACGAGUUCUGUACUAUAACUCCAGAGUUGAGACACCUCCAGACAUUCCGGGGGUCUCAGCUGAGCUGGUUCCCGGUCUUGCACUUCCACGGUCGCGCGAAGCACACUAUCUGUUCCGGCUAGAGCUCCAGGAAGACCGCUUCCAGAAAACCGAUAAGGAUUUGACUUCUACCCUUACCGAUGCUGGUGUGUUAGAUGGGGUUUUUGGUGCUCAAGCACCUCUCGAUUACGAGACUGUCCUUGCUCUCGGAACCUUCUGUGUGCCGAAACGCUCAGUUGUCUCGAGGAUGCAGUCAAAGGACCUGCUGAGAAAGGGUUUGACCCUGAACGAUAUCGUGUCAAAGGGUCCUGAUACAGCUCCCUAUUUGAAAGACUCUUUGAAAGAAGACGCAAAGACUGUCUUAAACCAGGCUUUCGUAUACGGCUCACAUGCGCUGGAUGGAAGCUCGAGAGCCCUUUAUGCUGUCAUUGCUCCUGCCGCGAAGCUAGUGCAUGUGGUUGCUGUCAGGCCAAGCGCAAACUUCUCUGUAAACCUCAAACGAAUCUGGAAGCGCGUCUCAGAAGAAAAGAGGGAUCAGAGCAGCGACGGGAAUGACCACCCCACACCAGAUAAAGAUGCCAUACAGUCGACGCUGCCGUCUGAUUGUACGUUUACAACCAGGGGGGUGCGAACAAGGAAGGAAGCCUGGUCGGAAAUUCAGCAAGCUCUGUCGAGGAUUCGCAACGGAUCUUCGAUGGCGACGCGAGGUGGUUCAUCUCGAUUGUCCCUUGGGAGUUUAGAGGUCUGUGUUCCUCUUGCCAAGUCAUAUCCGGUCGUCACUAUCGCUAGCAAUGCAGAUGAUGGGGACUACAUGCCAGUUGGAUGGGAGUCCAGUGCUAUCUCCCUAGCCUUUAGUCGUUUCACUGAGAUCAGCAACUGGCUCCCGAGUCACAUCCACUUCUCUCGGUUUGCUGGAAUCCCUCUUGGAAACAUGUCAUCCACUGAUGUAUACUCUCAGGCGUUGGAUGUUCUUGUUGGCAGAGAGCUAUUGAACCGUGAUCACGUUCUCUGGGCUUCAAAUUCGCCGCAGCCCGAUCUGGGUGGCUUCGAAGAAGAUGAUAGCAACCUUCAACACGAAAUACCGUCUGUGCCGGAGGUCUCUUCACCAGGGUCAUAUCGGACGAUAUGCAUCGAUACGGAACUUUCAAAUCUCACAAUUGCCACCAUUUUGUCAUCCUCCCACGUGAAUCAGUUGGAAGGAACUGAUCUGGCCUUUGAUGCGGCUGCCAACGGUGUCGCUAAAGUUGCAAAGAACUCCAAGAACUUUGGCGGUGAGUCUGGAAAAGAAGGUACUAUUGGAGGCAGGAAGGCAGCCCUUCUUGAUGAAAUGGCUGCCUCGGCACCAGCUUUCCGCAUUAUAAAGGAUCUUGUGGCUUCAUGGGACAAAGCAGCUUCGAGUGAGACUAAUCCACAUGUUGCAAACAUUUCUAGGGGUCUACUGGACCACCUACUGCGUUGGACAAGAUCAGAAUCGUCGAUGCUCUACGAUCCUGCCCUCGCUCGAUUCCUGGGAUGGCUGAUCACGAAAGUUUUUCGACAACUUGUGGGAGAGCUGAAAGACUUAGGAGCAACCGUUGUAUUCGCCUCUAUGUCAAGACUCAUUCUGGCUACCCCAAAAACGCAAACGGUGGAUGGGUUGCGAUACGCAGGUUUCCUGGAAAAGACUGUCAAGAGUAAGCCUUUGUUUCGACAUGUGCACUUUGAACCACUCAUUGGGGUUUACUCUGGACUUUUGUUUGUUGAUCGAUUCAAUUAUGGUGCAUUACCAGCUCCAGAGGAGGCUUCGAUUUUGAGUGGAGAAUUCGGACAAACAGUUUCAAAAAAUGCCGUCACUCGCAGAACUUGUGCCAGUCGUGAAAUUCCCUAUGCUCGGAUGAUGUGGGACAUGGCAAGAUACCUACCUAUUCCAGUUGCCGUUUUGUGGACACAGGUGGUUGAAGAAUUUAUCCGACGCCCUAUGGUAGUCCGGCUCCGAGCGAUUGAGAACGAAGCGGGUUCAAUAGAAAUGGUGAGUGACACACCUGCUUCAGAUGGUUUGUCAGAGCAGCAAAUUCGCGCGACAGAUCUUCAGAAGAAGCACUUCCGUCCAAGGGGAGAUGGCUUCGCGGACGAAGUGCAAGACUUCACGCGAAACCUCACCGGACAACUGCUGGAGAAGAUUCAUGAAAUCAGAGAAAAGACGCCCACACUCGUUUUCCCGUCUGUCCCCUCAAUUCUCAACGCGACCGACCGACAUCGGAACCCCGCCUUGGAGUUCGUGCGUUCAUUAUGCUACGUCCUCGGUCUGGAUCCGGCGGCUUCUGAAGAGGUCGCCGGCAUGCGCCGAAGUUUAUUACGCUUGCUGGGUGUUCGCGAAUUUGCUAAGGAAGCUCAAUUCAAAGAUCCUGCCCUUCCUGUGCCUCUUCGAGAUGUCAUUUGCACGUACUGCAAUGCUGUUGUGGAUCUGGACGUUGCUCGUGACGCAAGACUUUGGACAGACCCAAGCCAAUCACAAGAAGGGGAGGAAACACGGCAUGACUCGAAGUCGCUUUGGGCAUGCGAGUACUGUGGCAAUCGCUACGACAUGCGGCAAAUUGAGCUUGACUUGAUGCGGAGUGCACAGAAGAUGUACACAGCAUACCAAGUGCAAGACCUCAAGUGCAUGCGUUGUCGCAUGGUCAAACGAGAUAACAUGGGUACGCACUGCAACUGCAGUGGAUCGCCGUUCCAACUAUCCGUGAGCCACAGAGAUUUCCGGAAGCAGUUGCACGCUCUUGAGAGUUUAAUCAGACUUUCUUUAAAGCAGAUUGAAUUCAAAUAG